GAGAUAUAUAUCGUAUAUCGCCAUCCAGCUAAAAAAUAUCGAGAUAUGAAUUUUGGGUCAUAUCACCCAGCCCUAAUACUCGUAUACAGUUACCCCACUGAGAUCUCCAGUAACUAGUAUCAUCUGAAAUACAAUCAGAUUCUGAGAACGACACAAAAUCAGAAUUAAACUGCUCAGCAAAACCAAAUAUGGCUUUACGUUAUGAAUUAAUGUGUAACCUCCUAGUAAAAAUGUAAGUGAAACACAGGAAGUAGAAUCAAAAUAAAACAGGUGGGCGCUGGUCUCACUGUUUAUUACAUAAAACUAAAAAUAAAUAAAUAAAACUUUGUUUACAAAAGCUGUAAUUAAUGUUUUAAUACAGUUUUAUUAAAGCUCAAUAAAGUUUUGUUGAAGUGGUGUUUCAGGCUUUGAGGGUCAGUUAGCUUAUAUCAAAGUGACCAAAAGUCAUGUUCAGAAACCAACAUCAUCAUUAUCAUGUGGUCCACCUUAACUCAGCUGACCAAUCACAGCACAGCUCUGAGAACUCUGAGUGCCUCACCUGACCUGGAGAGUGAAGGGUUAAAGCCCUGCAGAACCUAAAAAAACACAGACACAGACAUGCACAUACACACACACACACAGUCAUGUUGUGCAAUAGUCUGAAGCAACACAGCUGAGUAGGGUGGAGUGAACAGGAAGUAGAGAAGAAGCAGAGCGGGAUCUGCAGGGCGGUGCACUCUUCUGGACAGACAGACUGCAUGAGGGUGAGCCUGUGGAGUGUGUGUGAGAAUGAGUGGUGGUAAAAAGAGGAGUGGCUUUCAGAUCACCAGCGUGACUUCAGAGGUGAACCAGAGUCCAGUAGACCAAUUGUCUCCUAGUGCGGUCCUGCCCAUCAUCCAAUCAGAGGUCUCUCUGCAGUCCCCCCUCUGCAGCCCUCAGGGAAGCUCCUCCCAGCCAACCACACCCUCUCUGAAGAGGAAGUACAUCUCCCUCGAUGGCGGGCAGGGGGCGGGGUCUUCCUCCAGGUUCAGGGUGGUGAGACUAGUGGACGGAGCCAGCGGCGGAGGCCGGGGUGAAUCAUAUCGUCGCGGGCGAUGGACGUGCACAGAGUUCACAGAGCGGCAGGAAGGCCCAGGGUUCAGGCGAGUAAUGGACAGCAUGAGACACGCCCACUCCUUGGAGUCCUUGGAGAUGAUUGGCCGGGAAAGCGAGAGGGGUGGAGUCCACUCUCAGGACAACACCCAUUUGCUGGCUCAGCACGUGCUGCACAGCGGCCCGCCUUCACCCACGCACCAGACGCCAACUAAUGUCCGGCUGCUCGACCACAAGGAGUCACGCCUUGUGGUCGAGCAGGGCUUAGGCUCCACCCCUCCACCACCUUCACCCCGCCCUCGCUUCGCCCCAACUCCUCUGCGGCUGGAUGUGGACGCCUCAGGACGGUCUGUCCUCAGGCUGUCUCACUCUCAGCCUGGCUCCCCCCCUGCUGGACUGUACCAACCCCCUCUGACCCCCGCUCAGACGCCUUCAGGCUUCAGCCUGGACCGCACCAUGUUCGACCUGCCGGGGGACGCCAGUAGUUCCAGUAACAGUUUGAUCGCCAUCGACAACAAAAUUGAGCAGGCCAUGGACCUGGUGAAGAGUCACCUGAUGCUGGCGGUGAGGGAGGAGGUGGAGCUUCUGAGAGAACAAAUCAGAGAGCUGCAGGAGAGGAACCGGCAACUAGAGAGAGAGAACCACACGCUGAGGGCGCUGACCCACAGCAUGCACACGCACUAACCCACUCACUAACACACACACACACACACACGUGCAGUCAUGUCGGGGUUAACAGGACGGCGUUCCGGCUCCAGCGUUUUCUGAUCAGCUGAUGCUUCAGAGACACUCGCUGUGCCCUCCUGCUCGUCCUCCUUCAUGUACCUGUAGUACUGUUGUACUGCAGUAUUUGUGGUACUGUGUACUGAUGAAAGGUGUGUGUGUGUGUGUGUGUGUGUGCAAGUACUUACAGUAUCUGACAAAAGUGAGCACACCCUGACAUUUCUGUAAAUAUUGUGUCAGAUCUUUUCAUGUAGAUGUGACACUUUGUUACAGUCAGUGUGCAGCUUGUAUAACAGUGUAAAUUUGCUGUCACCUCAAAAUAAAUCAACUCACAGCCAAUAAUGUCUAAACCACUGGCAACAAAACAGAGAACACCCCGAGGUGAAAAUGUCCAAACUCUGCCCAAAGGGUCAGUACUUUGUUUCACAUUAUUUUCCAACACUGCCUCAACUCUGUUGGUCAUGGAGUUCACUGGAGCUCCACAGAGCGCCACUGAAUCCUCUCCCACUCCUCCACGAUGACAUCAUGGAGCUGGUGGAUGUUAGAGACCUUGCACUCCUCCACCUUCCAUUUGAGGAUGCCCCACAGAUGCUCAGUAGGGUUUAAGCCUGGAGACAUGGUUUAUACUGGUCUGAGCACUGACAGGCUGACCCUCCACACCUCCAACCUCUGCAGCAAUGCUGGCAGCACUCAUACAUCUGUUUUCAAAGACAACCUCUGGAUAUGACACUGAGCACGUGCACUCAGCUUCUUUUGUCGACCAUGGCGAGGUUUGCUCUGAGUGGAACCUGUCCUGUUAAACUGCUGGAUGGUCUCCGCCACCGUGCUGCAGCUCAGUUUCAGAGUGUUGGCGAGUCACAUGACACCAGGGAGGGAAAAUGGCUAAUUGGGCACAGUUUGGACAUUUUCACCUAUGGGUGUACUCACUUUUGUUUCCCAGUGAUUCAGUCAGGAAUGGCUGUGUGUGGAGUUAUUUAGAGGUGACAACAAAUGUACACUGUUGCACAAGCUGAUUACUUUACAUUGUAUCAAAGUGUCAGAUUUACAUUGUUGUCCCAUGAAAAGAUGUAACAAAAUAUCUACAAAAAUGUGAGGGUGAGCUCACUUCUGUGAGAUACUGUGUGUGUGUGCGAGUGUGUGGAGGACAGUGAUGACGAUGGGUGGUGUCAGCAGGUCAGCUCCAGGCAGCAGAGGCUUUGUCAGAAACCGAUGGACCAGUCAGAGUUGAUGGUUUGAAACUCCUCCUUCUUUGAGAGCCCCUCCCACUGCCCCAAGGAGGUUUCUUCCUGUUUAAAGGGAGUUUUUCCUCCCCACUGUCCCACCGUAUGAAGCACUCGGAGGCGACUGUUGUGAUUUGUGCUACAAAGUAAUCGUCCAAGGUGUCCCGAUGAUGUGUUUCAGUGUGGCUGCUGAGGAAGAGGAGUUGCUUCAUCAAUUUGAACUGUAGUUCAGGAUCAGCAGACUCGGUCCUCACCAUGGAUACAGGCAGCAGCCAUGACAGCUGACGCUGCAGUGUGACAGAUCCGGGAGAGCAGGUCAGGCUGGACCCACUGUGACCCCUGUGUUCACACACACACACACACACACACACACACACACACACACACACACACAUGCAGCCUGUAACACAGUAACCCUGAACGUGCCUUACUGGCCUCACCUGACGGUGUGGGCGUGGCCUAAUGGUCGCACCUGGGACUGUUUGUAUUAGCCGUCCAGAUGCAAAUGCUGAUGCUGAAGAGUAGAGUCUAAUAAAUUAAUAAAGCCUUA